ACACCCCGGAAGUAACGAGGCCAACCGGAAAAGACAGGCAGAGGGCGAGGAGACACCCCUCUACCGCUACGGUGGCCUGAAGGGAGUGAAAAAUUUGGUACCGCGAAUUUGUUGCUUCUGAGGCUGACAGUCGCGAUGUCUUUCAAGAGAGAAGGAGACGAUUGGAGUCAACUCAAUGUACUCAAAAAACGAAGAGUCGGGGACUUGCUGGCCAGUUAUAUCCCAGAGGAUGAGGCGCUGAUGCUACGGGAUGGACGCUUUGCUUGUGCCAUCUGCCCUCACCGGCCUGUAUUGGACACCCUGGCCAUGCUGACUGCCCAUCGUGCAGGGAAGAAACAUCUGUCCAGCUUGCAGCGUUUUUAUGGCAAGAAGCAGCCAGGAAAGGGAAUGGAGCAGAAUCCAAGACAGCAGAAUGAACUGAGGGAGGAGAACAAAGCUGAGGCUCCUCUGCUGGCCCAGACUCGAUUUAUCACUCAGAGUGCUCUACACAGAGCUCCCCACUAUAACAGUUGCUGCCGCCGGAAGUACAGACCAGAAGCCCCUGGUCCCUCCGUCGUCCAUUCCCGUUUGCCACCUGCAGAGGCUGAACUCCAAAGUCGGAAGAUCAGCAGGGAAUCUGAGCCUGAAACAGGUCCACAGGCCAAGAAAUCAGCCACUGUCCCAGCCCCUGUACCCAUGAGCCCCACGAGAAGACGAGCCCUGGAUCGUUACCUCACUCUUCGAAGUUCUGUUUACUCUGAUGUUUCCAGCUCUGGAUGGAUCCCAGAUGGACAGGGUCGAUGGGUGAAAGAUGAAAAUGUUGAGUUUGACUCUGAUGAGGAGGAACCCCCUGAUCUCCCCUUGGACUGAUACCCUCUUUCCCCAUUCAGUUCACAAAUAAACUACAACAGGUGCUGGGAGCCUAACUUUCCUCAAGUCUGGUUCAUUGUCCCAUCUCAGGAUAUCAAAUCUGUUCGUUCUCAGGCUAGACACUCCUUCCUUACAAUGUACACAGCACCCCAUAAUUCUAACCCCUCCCCCACCUUCUACCAACGUCAUGCCAAGCGUCAGCUGCAUGCAGCUCAGUGCCCUAUUAAUAAGUCUGUCAGAAGCAGGUCUUUGCCCUUCAUGUUGUCUACUUCCUUCCCCACCUCCACUGAAAGUCCUUUCCCCCUUCAGAUGGCAUGAAGGCUCUGGGUAGGCCCUUGGGGGGGACCCAGCCACAUCUCGAAACAGAGCUGAGGCUAGGUACCCUAUGAAAGU